UUGACAUUUCACACAUGCAUACCGUAUGUGUGAAAUGCACUCACGUCUUAGCUGUCUUGCUUGCUGUCGUUGUGUUGUCUUGUCAAAUUCAGUUGAAAAAUGGCUCAACGAACGUGGCAUAUGUUUACGGUGAUAACAUUAAUAUUUACGAUUUUAUCACUUGUUGGGGAUGUUUUCACUACAUCUCCAGCUGCACCAUGGUACGAAAAUUUGCCGGCCGUCACUAUGGACUAUAAAGUUCACAUAGAUGCAGGCAAAGAGGAUUGUUACUAUCAGUAUGUUCAACCGGGUGCUACAUUUUACGCCAGUUACCAGGUCUUAAAAGGUGGGGAUGGUAUGUGUGGGUUCGCUGUGCGACAUCCUAAUGGACAAAUAGUCCUUCCUUACGAGUGGCGUCAAAGCGCAGAGUACGCAGAUCAGUCGUCUUCGGGUGGUUACUAUGCGGUGUGCAUUGACAACCAAUUUUCCAGGUUUGCAGGGAAGUUGGUUAACUUGUACCUGUCGGUGAUCAGGUACGACAUGUGGGAGAAGUACGCCAAGGAUGUGGAGGAGCUGGACAUGAAUAUCAAGAAUUUUACUAAUUCCAUUCAGUUUGUGGAAAGGAACAUAAAUGACAUCCUCCAGUAUCAGUACCAUUCGAGAGCAAGAGAGUCUCGGGACUACAACUUGUUGCAAGAUAACAAUGCAUAUGUUCAAAGAUGGUCAAUUGUCCAAAUAAUCACGAUCGCGGCCACGGCCAGCCUGCAGGUGUACUUCGUGAGGAAGCUGUUUGAGGUCAAGGACAACUCUUCCAAGACCAGGAUAUGAUGUUACCAGAAUAUAUCGACAUUGACUGAAACUUUCAUUCCAUUAUGAAUAUUUAUGGGACUUGGAAUUUGUCGUACAUAGAUAUGGUCAUUCGAUGACUUUUCAAGUUUUAGUGCUGUUUUUUUCAGUAAUACUUCAUUUUGACUAUUUCUUUUUUAUUUUAAUAAGCCCCGUAAAUAUUCGUAAAUUUAUAAACAAUUUACAUUUUUUUAAAGUUAAAAAUAUCUAUUCCAUUUUUUGAUCGAAUUAUAUGAUCUCUAUGUCAAUAUUUGUGAGCUUGUUAACAUAAUUUAGUUUAAGUAUAAUUUCCUAAAGUACAAGGUGCACAAAUGCUUAUUAAACUAAAUGAUGGUGGCUGAAUCCAUUAGUUAUUUUUUCGUUAUUUAGUGUUAGUUCAUACUAUCAUCACAUUAUUAGUCUCUAUAUGUCUUGUGUUCAGUCAAUUAGUUUUAUUUACUCACUACAAUGUUUCUUUAAUACUCUGCAACUCUCUGACAUGUUACAUAAAUACUUUUAGCAUUUAGUGCAACUCCAGCCAAUUUUACGUUUGUUAUUAAUUUAAGAUAAAUAUUUUCAGAUCUGAAUUUUAUACUUUUGUGACGUAACGUGUAUUUUACAAAAGAUUUUAUAUUUUAUUAUUUAUUACAAUUUCUAUGUAAAGUAGUAAUGAGAAUAUUUUUUUAUUUGUUUAUAAAAAAUAUUGAGAAUUUGAUGUGAAAAGUACAUAGUUUGUAAAUUUUGAAAAUGUACCAACAGUGCUAUUCAAAUUGUAAGUACUUAACUGAAAUAUACUAUUGCAGUAUA